GGGGGCAUACGAGCAUACGGCUCACCUGAUGGUAAGUGAUCACCGUCGCCCAUGGACACUUGCAACACCAGGAGUAUCACAAAUGCGAUGCCGACCUUUAAGGAAGGAGUACGCUCAUUUUUUGAAGGUUUUUGGGUCGUAUUGGUCCGGAAACACUGCUGGUGACAAUAUAUUCCACAGUUAUGUCGUACGUGGGUCAGAAUCAAGGAUGGAGUGCACACAGGAGGUGAUGAGAGUUACAGUACCGAUGGACGGCGACAGGAAAGUCUCCUACUUGGACCAAAUGAAAGAUUACGUGCCCUGUCAGCCGAGCCUGGAGGAGAAUAACGCGAUAUUCGUUUUGGACCUACAGGACCCCCACAAGUGCGGCGUUACCAGAGUUCUUAACAAACUUACUGGUAAGCGGACGUACUACCACAAGGUGGUGGUAGAGAGCGCCGAUGGGGACCGGGAGACGCAGCUGGUGCGGUGCGUGGUGGCCGGCAAGAGCAGGACGCUCACCAGAAGGGAGGUGCAGCCGUUCCCGCUGGACUUCAAUGAGCCAGACGUCUUAAACAUUACACGAGACGAAGAAGGACGCGCGCCGGAGCCAAUGCUGUUUGCGGCAAUCAAGAAAAAUGGAGUGCCAGUUCCUAAAAACGACUCAGUGAGCCCCGGGACCCAUCUCAGCAUGGAAAUAUUCUUGGAUAACACGUCAGCGCCUAUAUACGGCCUGUUCGUCAACUACAUGUACGCAACCAACACUGAAAACCAACAGGAGACCAUCAUAUUGAAUGGGUGUUCCGUAGACGCAUCCUUGUUCAACAACUUCCAGACGACCGACGGUGACCUGCUCGUUGCUAAGUUCAGGGCGUUCAAGUUCCCCGACACGACGUAUGUCCUGUUCAUAGGCACUGUUACCGUGUGCCUAGACACUUGCCCUGGGGUGCAGUGCAGUAACGGCGUGCGCGGUUACGGGCGUCGGCGACGAGCAGUGCCAUCCAGCCAUGCGGCCAACAUGUACGAGGUUUCGCUGACGACCUUCCUGCAGGUGGACUGGAAGGACGGCGACAGAGAGGCCGAGGACGUGUUAGCUCUGAUUAAAAACUUGAAAGCGGCCAAUCAAAUGCUGGAAAGUCAAGAUGAUACGACUGCCAGCACUACCAACGAGAUCAACGAACUAUUUCCCCUGAAACCGGAGCUCACGGGCAAAGCGUCAACAUUCGCGUACAGCACAUUAACACUGGCCAUUAGUUUAUUUUUAAUUUUAAUGAAAUAG